CAUAACCAUAACGUAAGGUUUUGACGCAUCGGAUUGGGCGACUAUAACCGUAACCUGCCGUAACUAAUUCAAGUACGUGAUUGGUUGAAACCUUACUGUUACGGUUAUAUCAAUUCAUGUGUGAGGGAAAAUGAUCAAUUCCAAUGGACUAAUCAACGAUUAAAUUAAUCAGAGUUUGGUGCAAGUGGCCCUAAUGCCCGAUUUCUUCACGUCCAGUUAGCCCGGAUCUACAAUAGUGUAGUAAGCCUUAUGUCAUAAGGAAUUAACCAAUUAUAUUCGAUUAUUCUUCUCAUAUUCGAUUGUAAUUGGUCAAUUUCUUAUGGCAUAAGGCUUACUACACCUAUUGUAGAUCCGGCCUUAUCUUGCGGUUAAAAUUAUCCAGAAGACAAACUACCAGAUCCAUACACGUGAUUGGUUAAACUUGAUAUUUAUCCUCCGGAUAACUUUAUCGGGAAGUGAAGAAAUCGGGCAUAAGCUAAUUAAAGCCCUGCAGGCGUGCAUGGUUUCAUAGGCACGUGUUUGAGUUGUAAAAAUAUCUCGUGGACAGAUAGAAAUUAAAAAAAAAAUGAAAUAACUGACCUCGCGUUUGCUUGCAUAUUUUAAAAAUGAAGCAAUUGUCGGAAGAAAGAACAAAGCUUGUGUUCGAAAAAUUAACAAAAUACAUUGGUAGUAACGUAAAAAAUUUGAUUGACCGACCAAACGGUAUAUAUUGCUUCCGAGAAAAAAAAGACAGGGUGUAUUAUGUGUCGGAGAAGAUUUUAUCUUUAGCGGGUACUGUUAAACCUGAUUAUCUGUUAAAUUUCGGCACUUGCUUCGGCAAAUUCACAAAAACGGGAAAAUUCAGACUGCAUAUCACUGCAUUACAUUAUUUGGCGCCUUAUGCACAACAUAAAAUUUGGGUAAAACCUUCGGCAGAGCAACAAUUUCUAUAUGGACAUCAUAUCAUGAAAUCAGGCCUCGCUCGUAUAACGGAAGGUACUUCUCAAUAUCAAGGUGUUGUCGUGUUUUCUAUGAAUAACUUGCCACUGGGAUUUGGUGUUGCUGCAAAAAGUACAACAGAUUGCAAAUAUGCAGAUCCCAUGGCAACAAUAUGCUUUCACCAAGCGGACAUUGGGGAGUAUAUUCGUUCAGAAGAUAUGUUACUGUAAUGAAAUUUAGGUUCUUUUUUUAAGAAAAUGAAAUAUAUAACUUAUAUGUUUGA